GUAAAUAAACCAUAACCUCAAAACUGUGUGCUAUUGUGAUGACUUUUUUUACUUUGUGGUGAUAGUGUUUAUGAAAGCCAGUUGAAAUAAAAGUGUUAAAAAUGGGAAGAAAUAAAAGUAGUGUUUGGAAAGUGUACAACGAAAGAAGUGAUAAAACUGUAGACUGCAAGUAUUGUGGAAAACAUUAUAAAUUUGCAAAUGUCACAAAAAUGUCCGAGCAUAUUGUCAAAUGCUAUAAAUGCCUAGUGGACUUAAAAGACAGUAUUUUAAGAGUUGGGAAGAUAACAUCUCCAGUUAUAAAUGUCACAAACAAUUUAGAGACUGCUUCUGUACCUUCAUCCAUGCAAUCAAACUCAGAUGUAGGCCUAAUUACUGCAACAUUGCCAGCAACAUCAUAUCUGCCGUCAGUAGUACAUACAAUACCUAUUUGGAAUGCUAAAGCUAAACAAAAACAAUUGGAAUGUUUUUGGACCACAUGACUAAUGAAGAGAAUGCACACUUGAAUACGAUGCUUGCAAAAGCUAUAUAUGUUAGUGGGGUAGCCCUUUCAUUAGUUGAACAUCCCUUGUGGAUAGAUUUUUUCAAAGUAGUUAAACUAGCUUAUAAACUUCCCACACGAAAGUCUUUGGCUAUGACACAUUUAGAUGAACAGUAUGUUGAAAUGCAGAAUUACAAAAUGCGAAAAAUCUAAAUCUGCAAUGUGAUGGGUGGAGCAACAUUCGUAAUGAAGGCAUCAUAAAUUUUGUUUUGACUAAACCAGAACCAGUGUUUGUUUAUUUUAUCUGCACAAAAGAAAACAGACACACAAGUGAAUAUCUUGAAAAAGAAAUUUCUUCUGUUAUCGAAAAGUAUGGGCCCGAAAAAUUCCUUGUUGUAAUAGGAGACAAUGCAGCAAAUAUGCAAAAAGCUUUCACAUUAGUGCAACAAAAGUUUGAUUUCAUAAUUCCUUUAGGAUGUUUGGCCCAUACCCUGCAUUUGUUAUGUAAUGAUAUUCUGAAAUGUAAGUCUGCCGGAACAUUUAUGGCAACUGUUGUUGACAUAGUCAAAACAAUAAAAAAUACACAGGUAUUAAAUGCUUUAUUGGAAAAAAUUAAAUCAGAAAGGAAUUGUAACGUAAGUUUGAAGUUUCCGUGUAAAAUUCGCUGGGGGAGUUACCUUCAGUGCCUUGAAAGUCUUCUCGACUGUAAAGAUAGUCAUCAGAUCUUAUCAUUUCACGGAGAAGCAAAAGCAACUCUUACAAAGAAAAUGAAAACACGACUUCUUGAUGAAGCUGUAUUUUGGGUCAGGGUCGAACAAAUUAGCAAUAUUUCAAAACCAAUAGUUUCAUGGAUUACUAUACUAGAAUCCAAUGACUGUAACAUUCACAAGGUUUACAAAGCAUUCAGUGAAAUUGAAAACAAGCUAGUUGACUUACUUCCACAAUCCUCUUUAUCAGCUUCAGAAGAGUCAUGUAUUUUGGUGAAGUUAAAAUCGAGGAAGGCUAACAGUAUACGAACCAUACAUUAUGCUGCUACCCUUUUGGAUCCAUCAACUCAAGGUCACUUUCUGACAAAAGAAGAGCAGGUAGAUGGCAUGGAAUUCAUCCACUCUCUUUGCGUUAACAUGAAAGCUGACGUGGUGAAUGUUAUGAAAGACUUAGCUAAUUAUCGGUCCAAGGAGGACUUGUGGGGUAAGAAAUUCAUAUGGAUAAGUGUGGAAACAAUGAAUCCAGUAACAUGGUGGCGGGGAUUAUGUGGAACCACAGCGUUAUCAAAAGUGGCUGUUCGAAUUUUAACAGCUCCAGUAACAUCUACAGCCACCGAGAGAUCCUUCAGUACAUUCUCAUGGAUUCAUAGCAAGAAAAGGAAUCGCCUCACAACUUCUAGGGCAGGUAAAAUUACCUACUUGUCCCACAACUGGAAGCUAAUGCAAAAGCAGAACUCAUCCCAGGGACAGCAAGAUAACCAGAGGAAAUAUUCCAAAGAUGUAAGCUUAUCUGAAGUCCCAGCAUGCUCUUCCUCUAUGCAAGUAGUACAUGCAGAGAAUCGAAGCUUCAAGCGAAAGUUAAGCAGUAGCAGUUCAAAUGAUGAAGACGAAACUGACUCCGAAGCAUGUGAAGAAGUUACCUACGUUGAGUCAGAUAACGAAACUUCUGAAAAUGAAUAAAUUGCUUCGAACUAUUACCUAUAGUGCACCAUAAUUUGACAUUUCUGCAAGUUACAAAGACAUUACUACCUAUAUUAAAAUUGUUCAUCUCCGUAGUAGGUAGUUUUAGUAAUUAGAUAUAGAUAUUGGUUGAGAUCGUAAAUUCCAGAGUAUUCCUUGUCUUUAGUCAUUUAAUACUGUAUUAAGCCCUACCA